UCUCCCAAAUUCAAUGAAAUUCAAGCAAGUGUGCGAGUUCACCUGAGUUCAGUUCGGGGUCUCAAAAUAUUGUAUCAUUCUUUUAGCCGAAAACUCCCGACCAGAUCAGACGUUACUGACCCAACAGUCUUUUGACGAAAAAGAUAUGGCAACCUCGGCCGUUGAUUCAGCAAAGACAACUGUAAACAAUGUUUCCAAAAGAUUACAGAAAGAACUCAGAACACUAAUGAUGUCCAGCUGCCCAGGAAUCUCUGCCUUCCCAAGUGACACCAACAUCUUCAAAUGGACUGGCACCAUUGAAGGAGGACAGGGAACUGUGUACGAAGGGCUGAAGUAUCAGCUCUCCCUGUCCUUCCCCCCUCAGUAUCCCUUGCAACCAGUUCUGGUAAAGUUUGAAACGCCAUGCUUCCACCCCAAUGUAGACAGCUAUGGAAACAUCUGUCUCGACAUCCUCAAGGACAAGUGGUCAGCGUUGUAUGAUGUUCGAACAGUCCUUUUGUCCAUUCAAAGUUUGCUUGGUGAACCCAACAAUGAAAGUCCACUAAAUUGCCAAGCUGCCACCCUGUGGAAGGAUCAGACCUUGUACAGAAAGGUGCUUCUAGAACAUUACCGUCAGAACGUCCAAGAUCAGAACAAGGGACCCUCUGGUCAGAUGCAAAAGCACUCAUGAAGGGCCUCGGCAAACAGCUGGUAAAUAUCCUGUUCCUUCACAACUGUAUUUAGCUCAUCGCCAAAUACUGAACAGGAUACGGACUGCACAGUAAUUUUUAUAAAUUUUUAAAAACACUUUUAUUGUCAAUACAAAAUUUUUAUUUUCACAGUUUGACUGUGUGGAAAUGUAAGAGUGCCUAACUGUAACAGUGUCUUUGAAUGAAUUGAUGAGAUUGCAUUUUGUGAAUCUGCAAAGUGCUCUGAAAUCAGAAGCGAAACUGCCUGCUUUUAUUUUUACACCAGUUUGUGUUCAGCAUACCAUUUACUACUGAAUUUUUAGUCGAACAUUUUUGUUUCAGAUGCGUUAUUUUGAGAGUUUUAGUACUGUGACCAUGUACAUGAUUUUUUAAAACUUCUACGUUCAUACCACACUGUUUAAAAUUGCAGAUAUCUAUUGCAUUUUUUUUUAAAAUUUGCAAGUCUUUCAUUCGCAAAUCGAUAAGUAGUUUAGUAUCUCCCAGGGAAUUCAAUGCUAUAGAGAACCAAUAGUCUAACCAUUCUCUUACAUCCUGCUGCACUAUCUCAGUGUCUGACACGUCCCUAUGAGGCUGGUUUAGUCUCAUUUGCAACUUGAGAAGCAUAAUAUUACUAUGGUUUGAAGCAUUUAAUGUCUCUGGUACGGUUGUGUCUUUCUUUGCUUUUGGUAAAGAAAAAUGUAUGUAACGGAAAUUUGGGGAAUCAAUGUAAUGAUUUGUAAUCUGACUGAUGUCCUACUUCAGACACCAUCUCGUCUUUCUCAACUUCUGAACCAGUGCAUCUCAAUACCAGUAUCUAUGAUUAAAUGCCCUUACAUCCCAAUGAAUAUAUUCAUAUAUCUGUCUACUUUAUUGUCAAAACUUUCCUUCUGUCCUCUGUGAUCUUUGUAUAAUACCUGAAUUUUUUUUGCUGUACAAUGCCUGCUUUAUAGAUUCGUUCUAUUUUGUGGUGUGUACCAUACUGGAGAUUUUCUCUGUGCAUAACGCUCUGUUCAUCCUGUCUAUCUUUCCUUAUAGAACGAAUACCUGCAUGUGUCAGUUUUACAUCUCUAAUGCCCUGUACAGAUUGAAGUGUACAAAUGUACAUUGUUCUAUAAUGCAUUUGUCAAAUGAUUUAUGUACAUCAGGUUCCUUUUCUCAUUUGUGCUGUUUUUGUCUCUGUUGUCCACCCCACUCUUGGCUUAUCAUGGGUUUGUCCUGUUGUCUCUCUGUUGUUUGUUGAAUUUCCUUGUUCCUGUUCCGGCUGUAGGUUUUUGUGUCAAGUUUCCAAAUGCCUGACAUAACAUUGAACCAUAAUUCUCCAUCUACACUUUUGUGUUCAAAUUGUCUUUGAGUCUUUGCUCUUCUUGUCUAUCAGCUCCAUUUCCCUUCUUCUGAAACUGCCCAUGUCUAUGAUUCUCUCCUUUUCUGACUACCUCAAACUUUCUUUAUUCUUCAUUUUAUAGAAUUUUUAGAAUCUGUUUUUAAUCUGUCUUCCAAUCCAUUGUGUACUUGAAUACUCGUUCAUUUUGUACAAGUAAUCUCCUCUGUCAGCACCACAUUGAUGCAUUCUCUCAUUCAUUUAUCACUCUGUAUUGAAAUUGCACUUCUGAAUUUAUGUCGACGUUUAAAGUAAAAGCUAAAUACAUUUCUA